AGAUAAGGUUAACAGAUUGGGGGAUAAAGCAUUUCCCCAAUAAGCUAGUUUAAAUGAGUUCUCAUUGGGUUACAACUCCUGGCAGAAUUACUUAUAAGUGUUUCAGCUAACACCUACUUCUAGGGAUGCUCCAAAGGCAACUACAGGAGUAGGUAGCACUAGUAUUAGAACCUCCUCAAUGGCAUACAAUGAGUUAAUCUGCUUGCUGCUGACAAAGAGCCCCAGGGGAGCUGUCUGGAAAAAUUUUUUACCUGUGAAUAAGGUGACUGGGAAUAAUUAUGAUGAGUCAGUCUGGGUUUUGUAUAAGAUAACCACACCCUGAAAAGAACUGUCACACAAUUGUUCAUUGUACAUUUUAGUAUAUAGAUGAACUGGUGAUUGCCUUGUACUUCUGUAUCUGCAUUUUAUACCUAAUUUUGUAUGCAACUUAUUUUAAAACAAACCUGCUUUAGAAAGUGAAAGGACGAAGCAAUCAAUUGCAUUCAUGGAGUCACGAGAUUUCUUUCAUGCAAUACCAGUGUGCAGUUUUCAAGAAUUUUUUUAUAUGAAACAGAAAGAUGAAAAUAAUAGAUUUCUACAAGAAUUUAAGGAGCUGACAGAUGUUGGGAAUGAUCAGUCAAAGAAAGCAGCAGAGACACCAGCUAAUGCAAUGAAGAAUAGAUAUGCACAUAUCUUACCGUAUGAUCACUCCCGUGUCAAGUUGAGUCUCAUAGAUGGGAACCUGGAUUCUCUAUACAUCAACGCAAAUUAUAUACCGGGUUUCUAUGACAGUAAGGAGUAUAUAGCAACACAGGCCCCAUUGCCUGCAACAUUUGUUGAUUUCUGGCGCAUGAUCUGGGAGCAGCAAGUAAGGAUUAUAGUGGUGCUGACUGUGUGUGAAGAACAGGGAAAGGUUCUGUGUGAUCAAUAUUGGCCUGCAGACACUGAUUCAUAUGGGCACUUUGCUGUGCAUAAAGUUUCUGAGCUACCCAGUAAAGACUGGACUAUAAGACACUUCACAAUACAAAAAAUAAAUAAUGCGGAUACCUCAGUCAGAUCUGUUUGUCAACUGCAUUACAGAGCUUGGCCUGAUAGAGGUGUCCCGCUAAGCCCAGCUUCACUGAUAACAUUUGUGGAACUUGUAAGAGAGCAAUUGCAAGCUGCAAAGGAUUCUACACCAACAGUGCUGCACUGCAGUGCUGGUGUUGGGCGCACAGGGACAUUCAUUGCUCUAGAUGUGGCCCUACAGCAGUUAAGAGCUAGACACUACCUAGAUAUCUUCCACACAGUGCAUCAAAUGCGUCUUAACCGGUACCUUAUGCUGCAAACUGUGGAGCAAUAUAUAUUUGUGCAUUACUGUAUCAUUGAAAAAAUAGUACAGAUGGAAGCCCCUCACACAUUUGCAAAACCUACUAUUACAAGAAAUGCUUCAGCACCUGGGAUUGCACCUGGGAAGUGCUGCAGAAUCAAAAGGAGUCCUGAAGAGAAGUCCGUUGCCAAGUCUACAGCAGACUGAAAGGAAACCAGUGCAAUGAUGCUUUUUUUUAUAUACCUCAAUCUGUAUAUUAUGCACAGAAGUCUAUUUAAGAAAUUUUUGUAAGCUCUUUUUAUUGUGUAGAAGUGUUUGGGUCUUCUAUUUUAUUCAUAUUUUAACAGCCUUUUUAAUGUCUCAGGUGCUGAAUAUGUUUAGGAAUGACCACUAACUCAUACUUUUAUUCCCACUAGCCCUGCUAGUGCUGCCUGAUUCUACUGGAUAAUAUACCAAUAGGAUUACGGCAUCUGAGUAGAACUAAAUCCUAAAAUCAUUUUUUUUAAUGUUACAUGCAGAGUGGGAAUUGGAGAAAUCUAAACUUCUGCUUUUCUUCUGAACUGCUCUGAUUAUAUAGGGGUUUUACCAAGGGCACCUGAGUAGAACUAAAUCCUAAAAUAAUUUUUUUUAAUGUUACAUGCAGAGUGGGGAAUUGGAGACAUCUAAACUUCUGCUUUUCUUCUGAACUGCACAGAUUAUAUAGGGGUUUUACCAAGGGUCUCCACACCUGUUACAUUUUCUAAUAAUCAUUUAAGUCAGAUGACCAUAUGAGAACAUUGGGACAUCCAUACAUGUGAAAAAACUAUUCAUGAUGCAAACUUCACUAAAUUGACUGCUAAACACCUUUUGCGCUCCUUUCCUAUGUAAACUUCAAUGAGAUUGUCAUAGAUGCCCCACUGCUCUGACUUCUGGAUCUGGUCCAAGCAAUAAUUUAGGAAGUUAUCUUAUUUGACCCCUUCAGUGUCACACACUGGCCAGACAUUAUACUGGCUCAGUCACUGACAUGACUUGGGAAGGCACUUUGAUUUCCUUGUAUCUGAUCUAAAGGCGCUCACAUGAAGCAAGUGAAGUAGCAGCAGUGAAGUUUACAGCAUUUUUUUAAAAAACUUUAAUUUAAAAAAACAAUAAUAAUAAUAAUAUUUUUUUUGUACUAUUUUCAGUUUCUUCUAAUUUAUUUGGUAACUGACAUUUCUUUGUCUUGUGCCAAAACACCAUGACAUCACCUACUUUUUUACAUGGAUGCCCAAAGUAUUUACAAUAGAAGAGGGUUUCCCCCCAACUAUAUUUAUGUAGGAACAGUCUUAUAUUUCAUUAGUUAUUUUAUUUAAACAAAUGUCCUACUUUUGCAGAUUUGCAUUAUUAAAAUAAAGAAUGCAAAGAAAAAAUGUCUGGACUUCUGGAUGCCGGCUGUUUAAGAGCUUGCCGAGAGUCCUCAAACCUUCUCCUGUUUGUAUAGACUUCAGAAAGGGGACCAAUUUUUUUAUAAUUCUGCAAAAUCUGUUUUUCUAAGGUUCUGAACUCUUCAUUUAUUUUGUUGACUAUUGCUAAAUAAAAGUCUUGCUUCUCCA